CAAAAUUACCACAAACCGGUGGCAGAGGACGCCUUUUCACACCUCAACAGGAAGAGGCUAUAUGCACCAUGGUCCGAGCAAACAAUGCUAUGAGACUCAGGGAAAUACAAAGGACCAUUAUAGAAGACAACGAUGUCUUUGAAAACAUCCGUACUGUUAGCAUCUCAACCAUUGACAGGGUGCUGCAUAGAAACCAGAUGAGUAUGAAACAGCUGUACCGUGUACCAUUCCAAAGGAAUGAGGACCGAGUUAAGGAGAUACGGUACCAGUAUGUACAGCGUAUAAUGGAGUUGGAAUCAAGUGAACCCUCUCACAACUUUGUAUACAUGGAUGAGGCUGGCUUCAACCUGACCAAAUGCAGAAGGCGGGGUAGGAAUGUCAUCGGUCAGAGAGCUACUGUGGAUUUGCCAGGCCAAAGGGGAGGAAAUAUCACCAUGUGUGCUGCUAUUUCAGAGCAUGGCGUCCUAACCCAUAUCCCCCUUAUAGGACCAUACAACACCCAGCAUCUACUCAACUUUUUAGAGACUCUCUACAGGGCUCUCAUCCCUGAUGAUGAGAGGGGUCUGUUUAGAGAGGAUUUGCCAAAGUAUGUUGUCAUUUGUGAUAAUGUGAGUUUCCAUCAAUCAAACAUCAUAAGGCAAUGGUUUGUGACCCACCCGAGGAUGCUCAUAGAAUUCCUUCCACCUUAUUCUCCAUUCCUUAACCCAAUUGAGGAGUUCAUUUCAGCAUGGAGGUGGAAUGUGUAUGAUCAUCAGCCACACACACAGAUGACCCUGCUGGCUGCAAUGGAUGCAGCAUGUGAGGACAUCACAGUAGAUGCCUGCAGAGGAUGGAUAAGGCAUUCCAAAAGAUUCUUUCCACGUUGCAUUGGAAGGGAAAAUAUCCGGUGUGAUGUGGAUGAGAAUAUGUGGGCCGACAGACAGGAACGUAGAGACAGCACUAGAAACAGUGCUGCAGGCAAAGUUGUGCCUUAGGGGUGUUUCCUGUGUUUUAGUUUUUAUUUUACUUUGUGCCCCUUGUCUUUUUCUUACUGUAAAUUAUUUUGUUGUUUUCUUUCAUAAAGUAGCACUAGUAAAGCUGUGAAAAACAAAAUCAAUUUUGUCUCUUUCAAUCAAUAACCCACAUAGAGUAAUAUGUAUAUAGUACUGUUGAAAUUGAUUUAUGCCAUAGAAGUGCAGCCUUGUGCAUUUUCAGUACAGUAACCGUCAUCCAAA